ACAAACAAAUGUUAGAGACAAUGGUAAGAAUGGAAGCAAAAAUGGAUCAGUGGGAUAAAGAAAGAAAAAUCUUCGAGGAGAAUGUGCUUGCUAUAUUGGAACAUCGUAGAGAGGAAAUGCAAGAGAAGUUUUUAAAACAAAAUGAAAAGCUGGAAAACAUAUUUGAAAACUUCAAAGGCAAUAGUGGCAACCGAAGAAAUUGGACAAUACAACUUAAAAAUAUAACUGGUUCUGUCAUCACCACACCAAAGAUUGCAUUCAAUGCAUACACAAUCUCAAGUGGAAGUUAUGGUAUUAACACACCGGUCAAGUUUCCAAACGUUUUGUUAAAUAUUGGCGACGGAUAUGACAAAUCAACUGGAAUCUUUACAGCACCUGUAACCGGUCUUUACUUCUUCAGUGCCCACAUCUGUAAUUAUGAUAAAGGAUACAUGAUAAUCUCUUUUAUCCAUGAAGGAACUGCAGUCGCUACAACAACAGAAUACGAAAACAGCGGAGAAAGUUGUAGUUCCGUUAGCGCUCCGGCUAUGAUGAAGAUUGGUGAGAAAGUGUCAACCAAGUCUGUCUAUCAUUCCAGCAAGCUGAAAGCAAACACAAUAUACAGAUGGCCAUCAUUUGCUGGUGUUCUUCUUCAUGUCUAGGGCAUUUUGUUAUCGGUAAUUUUUGCUAUGUCUCUACUUUAGCGGAACAUACAAAAAAGACACAUAUUCAAUGUGUUGGUUCUUCACAAAAAUAUUACAUUAAACGCUUUAAAAAUAAAAAAACCCGUUUCAUUUUGUAUUUAUCACAUAACACUGUCUCAUUUAAGUUAAAUUUGAAAAUGUUGUUACUUGUAGAAAGAGGAUUGUACUGCUUUAUUCAAAAUACGUGUGAUUGUAUGUAGACUGCGUGUGAAAUGAAAAUGAAGAACAUUGUAGCAAGAAUCGAUUCAUGUGUUUUAGGCCUUGCUAUCUUUGUUAAACUAAAAACUUAAAACAAUU